CUCCUGAUUGUGGUUCUGAAUACAAACAUGAUGAUUUUCAUGAAAUAUGACAGAUUAUGACUCCUGAUUAAAUUACUCUUAGCUCCUUCCUACCUGUAGAUGAUAUUUAUCAGUGUGACAUAACCACAUUUUGUUACUUUUCAGGCAAAUUAAAAAGUAUAUUUUUAACUGUAAGUUUGAAAAUAGAUGACUCCUUGUACAUUUCCAAAAAUUCAAGAGCAUAAAGAGUUCCACUGUUUGUAUUUUUAAUGAAUUUUGGCCCAUAAUUCCUUGCAAUUUCUCGGUAAACAAAAGACUAACCCAGUCUGUGAAGUGGAUUAAUGAAACAUAUUGUCUUGACUACAUAGCCAUACUUUAUUAUUAUCUUAUGUUGAUAACUUUUCAUCUUUGCAAACAAAAGCAUGUUGUUCUGAUGUCAGCCCUACCUUUAGAAAACCUUUUCAUGUCCAUGUGAUUUAUCCGCUAUAGAAAAUGUUUUCCCUUUUGACCAACUCACACAAAGUUGGUUGAUGAAAACAUAAUAGAGCUAUAAAUCCAUUCAGAUAGAGAAUGAAAAGUUGAAUGUGUGGUGAAUAAAAUCACUGAUUGUAUUUCUUUGAAGCAAACAUAAUAAGACUUAGGAGUUAUUUGUGUUGAGUGUUUGAUGUUUUAUGGUGGAAUGAUUUUAUGGAAACUGAUAUUUUCGACUGCAAAAAAAGUACAUUGUAAAAACACAUAGAUGUAACUGUACAUAGUUUGAAUUUAAAUCAUGCAAAUAACUUUGUAUUUGUAACAUUUAACCUCAGUUCAAUUCUAAUCACGUGUACGACUUUUUUUGAUAACAAAUCCUGAUCCCAUUAAUUWGAAGAAGUGKUUUAGAUCAAUUACUAUUCCAUCAUGAGGAAUUAUAGGAAGGAUAAUCUGUUUAUAUUUGUUGGAUUGUUUUCACCGAGCUGCGGCUCUGCGCUGGCUGUGGCUGCUCGGCUCCCCGCCGCGCUGCUUUCCCUGCGGGGCGGGGUGGCGCUCAGUCCGGCGCACUGUGCCGCUCUCAGCGCACCGUCUGUCCGCCUCUGCCUCGACACGACAUGGGUGUGGAGAAGGAAAAGCUGGACACCAGCAUAAUUAUGGACGAGGAUGAGUUCAACCGAUCCAUAGAGCCCAUUCUGAUGAAGAAGGGGAAGGUGUAUUCGGAGGCACCGAUUCGGGAUCCAAACGAGAUCAACACGCAUCUGAAGGUGGGUUUCGAGGACAUGAUCGGCGAGCCGAGCUCUGCCCACAGCUUUGACAGGGUUUGGAUCGGGAGCCACGCCACCUUCGAGCUGGUCAAGUUCUUCUUCUACCGCCUGCUGACCACCCUGCUGGCCGUUCCCAUGGCCUUCACCCUGGGGCUGGUCUUCGGAGUGCUCAGCUGUGUCCACAUCUGGCUGGUGAUGCCAGUGGUCCAGAGCUCCAUGAUGCUCCUGCCUUCAGCGCAGAAGAUUUGGAGGAGUCUGACGGACAUUUUCAUAGCGCCGCUGUUCCAGAGCCUAGGGAAAUGUUUGUCCUCCAUUCAGAUUCAAACCACAGAGAAUUGAAGCAGACAGCUCUCCGUCCACCAUGACGACRAGAGAAGGGAGUCGUUGGGAAACGUUAAAAAGGGGCGAGGGACAYAAGAGCUCUUAAAAAGUUCAGUAAAAGAUACAGAAGAAGGUGUGCAAAAUAAAAGACAAUCAUCGGGGAAAAGAAGUUUAGAGAAUGACCAGAAAACUUCAUCUUGCUUUAGCAGACGUCUUUGCAGGAGAGAGAGAAGAUAACGUAGCAUUUACUUGGGUUUUUAUAACAAAUUGUUUUGUUUGUUGUUUCCUCUGAAGUGGGUUUGAGUGAAGUAUUGAUGCCUAGCUAGUAAAGGUAUAUUUCCUGUUUUAGUGAAGAGUGUCUCAAAAUGUUGCUGUAAUCAUGUGACUUUGUCAGUGACAGUCCCGAUCCUCAGACAGGAAGCUGUGUGCUUUAGGCUUUAGGUUGGCACUAAAUUUGAGAGUCUUAUUUUGAAGUGAGAAAGGAAAUUGUUUUGGAGUUGUUUCUUUGGUUGUGUAGUUGGAGUUGACUGUUAAAGACAGCUUGUUGGACUAACAACAUUGUGUUGAUAUAGCAGUAAAAAAAAAAAAAAGUUUCCACCAUCUUAGAAUUGCGUGGCAGCCUUCGAUGUUUAUAAAGUUAACCUUCAGACAUUUGCAUCAAAUUUAGAGCUUCCAGAGCUGAAGGGCUAUUUCUGAGUUUCUUUGUGAGUCCARACUGCAUUUGGUCAAAUAUUUACUCUGACAAUGAACAGAUGGACAAGCUAACUGUUAGCUGCUACUGACGCUAAAGUUAGCUUUUUUACCGAGCCCCAGUUGUGUCAUCUCUAGUUCACAUCUAAAAUACUCAGGAAAAUCAAACCUGAACCCAAUUCAACGCUGAACAGAUUUCUUUUACAAUACCAGGUUGAAGAAGCACAAAAAUACUAUUUUUAUUAUCUUUUUGGUGAGAUGUAAUUGUCAAAUUUGGACUGGAAUGUUUUACUCUUAUUGGAAAUAAUUUAAAAACUUUCUUAUUCUUUCUUAUUCUUACAUUCAUAAGAACCUGAGUCUUAUCAAUUGGACUUAGAGUUACACUCCCUAUAGUUGAUCAARUUUUCUUUGGAUUCAGCCGACAGCUAAUCUUUUCUUGCUAAUGUUCAGGUGAAUUUUAAUGAAGCAUUUAAGAAAAAAAACCACCCAGACUGCUGUAGUCAUCUGACAAUAUUUAGAAAUGAAUUACAAUUAUGUGAGAUUCUCCGGGACCAGAUGACAGUCUUACCAAAACAGUCAGAUGACGCUGACUGUUUUGGAAUGCUUCUGAAAACUCAAUAUUCUAGAAAUAUAUUGACUGAGGUUCAGACAGGUCAGAUGAAUCUUGAGUAAUCAGAAACACAUAGACAGUUUGUGUUUUUUAUGGGUAAUAAUUAUUCAUGUUUGAUAUGACAUGGACUGUUUGAGCACCACCGAAUGCUGUUGUGUUUGAAAUUGUGACCAAAAUCAUUUCUGUUCAGGCUUAAAGAAUCAGUGAAGACUAACUUGCUAAUAUGUUAGUAGAUGUAAUUUGUUUUGCUCUAUAAAAAUAUAUAAGUUGUAUAUAUUGCAAACUAUUCAACUAUAAGCUAGAUGUAGUGAGCUGACAGAGAGAAUACAUUAUAUUGCAGAAGUUUAUCUAACUAUUAAAAGCUAAAAUGCAGCAUUUGCACAUUUGCAGGCAUUUACUAACAUAUCUACUGUGUUGAAUUUAGAUGACAUUGACCAUAAUGCUGGGCAUUUAUUUUAUGAUUUAAAAAUGCCAGAAGAUGCUGGAGCUCCUCUGAGAACAACAGGAGCUCCUGCUGUAUUUCUGGUUGACACACGUCUUCAGAAGUGAACCUCGGUGAGAUUCAGGCGUUUUCUGUCUGACUGUUUGCUGUGAGGCAGAGACUCUGGCUCAGGCCAAGCAAACUGCAGCUGCAAACUGAAAGGCAUCCAGGAAUGAUUUCAUUUGUUUUAGUGUUUACAACCGUUUGGGGAAAUUGAAGUUGUAAAAAUGCUCCUUCUGUUUUUGCUGUUGAUGAUCUGAAAAGAACUGGCGACACAAUAGCAGAACCGGAAGACUUUAAUCUCAAGUUUCUGAGAAAAAAGCUCAUAUUGCCUCAGGCACUUUCCUCAACAAAAGUCAGAAUUCUGAGAUCAAAGUCAGARUWAAUUUUUUGUUCUUCCAGGGACCCUCAUCCCCUUCAGUAGAAAAACCAUCACAUCUGAGUGCAAAACCUUUUUAUUGAAAAGCGAGAGGGUUUAUUUUUUUCUUUUUGAAAUUGACGUGUUUCCAUUUUCCAAAUUUAUUUUCAGAUUUUCAAUUUGCACAAUUUUUUGGCUGAUGGAAAUGCAGUUAUUGAUAUUCCUCUGAAUUAAUACAAAACUUUGCUUUGAUGUUCUUUUUAAAACACGUCAAAAUGCAGUUUGAAAUUUUGAAGCUAAAAACAAGUAAAUAGCUCAACGUUGCUACAAUGUUUCUACAUGGAUGAACUCCAGCWGAUCUCUACCGUCUAUUAGAACAAAUCUGGACUGCAGAUCAUUAAGAAAAGGUGACAGAGAUUCCCUCUGUUUGCCAAAGUAUCAGUGAUGUAAAAAUCUGAUUAAAUACAACACRGCAGUUGAGACUGAGGACGUUUUGAAUACUGUCAGGUUUGUAAACGCUUCAGUACCACAUAUGAAGGAGGCUCAGAUGUCAUUUUUUGGGGUCUCUUUGGGAUCAGAACUGGUCAUAUAAAUGUCCAGAUAAGGUUCUAUGAUGAUCUGGGCAGACAGGUGAAGUUUUUUUUUUUUUUCUUUUCCACAGCCACACUACAGAGCAGCUAUGCAUGUAGACAUGAAAAUAAAUCCAACUCAGUUCUCAAAUUAUUUAUUUGCUUUCUGAUUUGAUUUACUCUUAUGAUGGGAACUGAAGGACACCAUGUGUAAGUUAUCUAAAAUAAAGAUUUGUUUUCCCCUUGAGGAAACGGU